GAGUUGUCCUUUUCGCACAGAUUUUUCUCAUUUUAACGCUAUCAAAACAAUAAAUACUGUUUAUCAAACUCUCAAAAUGCUAAAGUACGGCAUAUAAUAGCAUAAAAAAUUAUAUUUUGUGCGAUUUUAAACAUAACUGUCUAGACAAUGGCCCAAACUGGGCGAGGCAUAUUUGUCCCAAUAAUUCAGGGCAUGUGUGAAAUAUUUCAGUGUGAUAUUUCCGUGUUUUAGAGUGAGUGCGUUAGAUUAAAUAAAUUAAAAUGGACAAGAAAAAUAAGAAGAAAACUGUGAUUAAACGCAAAAGUGAUGAUACGGUGGAAAGUGAGAAAAAACCAAAGAUAAUGGUGAACCGCGCGAAAAUCGAAGAGGAGAAGGAGAAGGUGGAGGUUGUGAAUCAAGUUGUCGAGGUUCCCGUAGAGCAGGGUCAGCAGAUCGUCCACACGGGGCAAUUGGUGGAAGGGAACUUUGAGCAACCUGUAUUUGUUAACAUGAAGGGAGAACCAAUCCAAUUGGGGCCAAAUACAGUGAUACUGUACGAACAAAGCGGGAACCCUUCGAAUUUCGCGUUCGGUGGAAUGUGGUCCAUGGACUCCUCGGGUCGUAUUGUUAUGGCAGACACUAUUUAUGACGUCAAGGGAGAGCCAGAGGAGGAAGGCAACUCUUUCGUUCAGAGCGCGAACGAUGUCAACAAUCAACAUGUAGAAGAGACAAGCAACACAUACCAGCAGUUUGAGAUAAACAGCAACAACCAAGUAGAUGCUCCCCAGGAGUAUGAAGUGGCGAUCAUUGAAAACACAGAAGACGCAAGUGAGAGGUCAGAUUCCCAAGUGAUAACUACGGAGACACAACUGGUAGGAACCGGCGCGAACGCGGUGCGCUGGCUCAACCAGAAGUUCGACUUUGUUGUGCGAAAACUGCAGUUGAACUAUGAUGCCGGUGUGAAGCUGCUGCACUCUCCAUCGGGAUGUAUACAGUGCGUUUAUUUCACGACGCCAAACAUGCAGAUGGCAUUUAAUGCAGUACCACAGUUCCUUUGUAUUGAGACAGGCAUAGAGUUCAACACGGCCAUACCGAUGGUCGGCGGGACGGGCAAUCCCAGUAUAAAGCAUAAUGUCACGUUGUUCCUAGCCGAGGAUGGCAACGGGAAAUCUGUUAUUGUAAGCGGCGGUAUAUCAACAUUGAUAGGCGAAGAUCUCACUUGGCUGUUGGAUACAUUUAAAUCUUGCAAUCCCGCGUGGAGACAGGUGCGGUGCGUUGUAUGCGACCCCACUAAGAACCAUCAGUCGGUGAGCGCGGCGUUCCCCGCGGCGCACACGUCGUGCUCGGUGUGGCAGGCGGCGCGCGCGCUGGGCCGGCUCGCCGCAGCGGCCGCCCGCGCCGACGGCGGCGCCGCGCUCGCGCCGCACGACUGCGCCGCGCGCGCCAAGACCUACGCGCUGGCGCUGCUGCGCGGCGACCACACGCCCGCGCAGCUGCAGGUAUUAAAACGCGGUAUAAUCGGCACGGGCGCAGGCACGCUGCGGCUGUGGGAGCUGCUCACGCGGCCCGGCGAAGCUGUGGCCAAGUUCGACUCGUGGCUCGAGCAGGACAACUACACCAACAUACUGCACAAGGGUCUAGAGCGUCUGGUGGGCAAGUUCAACAGCGCGAUACGCAACUACAUGCAGCCGGACGACUUUGUGUCCCUGUUCUUCAACGUGGCCAAUCAACUGGAGGAAGAGAGACGGACGUUCUCGUUGAAUAGACUGCGGGAGACGGAAUCGCUAAAGCUCUCGCCUACGGACACGAUUACGCAGUACGCGUACAAUUUAAUGAGCCACCAGACAAAGUUGGCGCAGAAGUGUCUCGACGACAGAGCCGGCAGAAGACACAGCAGCGCGGCGAUAUGCAAGUACGGCACGUCGACGCAGGAGUGCUCGUGCCUGUUCAGCAAGGUGUACCGGCUGCCGUGCCGACACAUACUGAUGCUCACCACUGAGCUCAAGGUGAAAACGCACAUACCGUUCGAGCCCCGAUGGACGGUACAACACUGUCUGUUUGGCUGCGAGAACACCGGGAACACGCCCAGCACUACCACAGCAAACACGGGCUAUAUGGAACAGGUGGUCGUGGAGGCGGAAGGUUCUAGAACGGCUCUACAACAACCUCAGCAGAUGCAUCCGGUGGGCGGUGUAAGACAACAGCAGUACGUAUUAGCGACGCCCGGACAAACGGCGACUCCUGUCUCGCAGGUGAUAUUCUGCGGCGGUAGUGUCGGUGGCGUCGGUGGCGUGGGCGGUGCGCCUGUCAUUACUAGCGUGCUGCCCGCCGGUGGUGCUGUACUUACUCCGCACCAUGUUCAUCAAUGAGGGGGAAGGAAAAUGGGGGGCAAAACACCCAAAAAGAAUAAGGGGGAUGCAAAAGACCAAUGAAGGAGGAGGAGGGGGUCUGAAGUGAUAUAGUGCUGGGGGAAAGUGAUACAAUGUGGAGGAAGGGAGACAGUGCACCGGAAAGUGACAUAGUGUGGGGAGGCGUAGAUAUUGUGGAGGGAAGUGACAUUAUUUAGGGAGAAGGUGAUAUAGUGCAGGAGGAAAUGAUACAGUGUCCUAAUGUUGAAAACAGCAAAAGAUGGAGGGUUGUGUUUCGGCUGUGUGGUGUGGAGAGAUGUGUUGUGAUAUUCCCGCCUGUUAUCAUGAGUUUGCUGUUACAUUGUCGGAGAAGUGAUAUAGUGUGGCAAUAAGAGAGAGUGUGCGGGGACAUAAUAGUGAAUUCAGCAAGAUGUAGUUGAUAUUUGCUGACUUCAGUAUCCACUAAAUUUGACUUCACAAAGAGAAGGAAAUUGUCUGUCAGUUUUGGAACAGUAAACGACCAACCUAUGAAUUGGAAAUUUUGUGAACUGAAUGUAUAUUGUAUAGUGCGAAAGUGUGAGAGCAAAAAGAUGUAACUAAAUCGACUUUGAGUAAAUUUGGACUAUUAGUGAA